AUGCCAAAUAACGUCAACUCGGUUUACGUCCCCAUCACUAAUAAUCAGAAAUUUUGUUUGCGUGAGCUAAGGCACACAGAUAACGACUUAUGCAACCCACGCGACAUGAGCACAUCAACUGAUACACCAUACGUCCUUGCAUUUGGUAUUUAUAGUCGAUGA